AUGCUCUCCCAAAUCCGCCUCCUCCUGGCGCUGCUCUGCGCUGCCCCGGCGGCUUCGGCGCCUCCUCCCUGGGAUCCAAACCCCAAUCCCUGGCUGUGGGGGGAUGAUUCCCAUUCCCAUUAUUCCCAUAUUCCCGUGGAAGUGCAGUGCCAGGAGGGGCAGCUGGUGGUGAUCGUGCACCGGGAUUUGUUCGGGAACGGCCGCUUGGUCAGCGCGGCCGAGCUCAGCCUGGGCCCCGCCGCCUGCAAACAUUCCCACCUGGAUCCAUCCCAAAAAACCGUCACCUUCAGCGCCGGCCUGCACGAGUGCGGCAGCACCGUCCAGAUCACCCCGGAUUCCCUGAUUUACCGGACGCUCCUGAGCUACGACCCCAGCCCCGGCAGCAACCCGGCCAUCGUGCGCAGCAACCCGGCCGUGAUUCCCAUCGAGUGCCACUACCCCAGGCGGGAUAAUGUCACCAGUGGCUCCAUCCGUCCCACGUGGUCUCCCUUCAACUCCGCGCUGGCAUCCGAGGAGAAGCUGCUCUUCUCCCUGCGCCUCAUGAACGAGGACUGGAGUUCCGAGCGGGAUUUCUCGGCGUUCCGCCUGGGGGACGUGCUCAACAUCCAGGCCGAGGUUGGCUCCCACAGCCACGUCCCCCUCCGGCUCUUCGUGGAUUCCUGCGUGGCCACCCUGGGCCCCGGCGCCGGCAACGAGCCCCACUACGCCAUCAUCGACUUCAACGGCUGCCUGGUGGACGGGCGCUCCGAUGCCACCAGCUCGGCCUUUGUCACCCCCCGUCCCCGGCAGGACGUGCUGCGCUUCCAGAUCGACGCCUUCCGCUUCGCCGGCGACCCCCGCAGCCUGAUCUACAUCACGUGUCACCUGAAGGUGACACCGGCCGAGCAGAGCCCGGACGCGCUGAACAAGGCCUGCUCCUUCAGCAAGGCGCGCAACACCUGGGCGCCCGUGGAGGGGACAAGGGACAUCUGCAGCUGCUGUGAGCUGGGCAACUGCGGCAGCACCGCGCUGGCCCGGAGCCUGCGGCCACCAGAGCCAUGGAAUGGCCACCGCUACCGGAGACACGACAGUGCCACCUCCGAAGCCGAUGUUGUCAUCGGGCCAGUGCUGCUCUCCAGUGACCCGCGGGGCCAGCGCCCCGAGAGCCACCCGGGCGCGGUGUCACCGCUGGGCCUGGGGACAGUGCUGGCCUGCGCCGUGGCCGUGGUGGCCGUGGCCGGAGCCGCGCUGGCCCUCGGCCUGAGACGCCGGAAUUCCCAAUAAAUCCCGGAAAGAUCAAUGGGAUUCCCAAUAAAUCCCAGAAUAAUCAACCGGAUUCCAAAUAAAUCCCACAAGGACCAACGGAAUUCCCAGUAAAUCCCAGAAAGAUCAAUGGGAUUCCCAAUAAAUCCCACAAGGACAAA